AUGGGCCGGGGGGGACGAGGACCCCCUGGGGCCCCGUGGGGUCAGCCCCAACACUGCCACAUCCUGCAGUCGGUGACCAGAGGCCUCGGAAACCUCCUGCAGCACCGACCCCGCCGGCGCGGCUGGCGCUGCCCGCCGGUGCUGGCGUGGGGGCCGCCGCCCCCCCUCGGGCGGCCGCCCCCACCACGCCUCUCAUCACGAGCACUCCUUCCACUGACGUUCCGUGGCCCAACCGCCGGGCGCUGGCCCCUGGCGCCGCCGCCGCGCGGGGCCCGGCCGAGCCGAGAGCGCCGCCUGCGGCCCCGGCGUCACGCGUGCGCCCGGGGCACUGCGCCGACAGCGACCUCAACGCCGGCUGAGAUCGCCACUGCCUUCGGAAUAGCCAAGGACUCCAUGCAUUUGUCUGAGGACUUCCUGUUCGUUAGGGGGACCAAGAAGCCACCUGCCCUGAGGGCUCCCGCGCCGCCGCAGAGGAGGCCGAGUGGCGCCUGCCGCAGCCGCAGGCGACGGGAGGCGCGUGUGCGGCGCCAGACGCCUCAGGCGCAACGGGCACCAAAACUGUGA